AUGGUUCCUUCCGAUAUUAGUCACAUGCCGCUUCCCGAGCCUGAGAUCUUCGUCGACGUCGCUAUAGCGGGGGCUGGACUUGGCGGUCUCGCGCUGGCAGUCGGUCUGCAGGAGCGAGGCUUUAAGUCAGUCAUGCUCUUCGAGGCCGUGCCUUACUCCCGCUCCCAGACCGGCACGGUUUUCGGCAUCUCUCCCAACGGCGUCACGGCGCUCGAAGGGUUAAAGCCCGGGCUCGGCGACGCUGUACGCGUAAUUGACCCUGAUAGCAAGCUGAAGCCCGAGCUCAAACUUACACCCUUUGGGGGAUUCGGGAAACCAGGUGUCAAGGACCGUUUGAUGUGCCAUGUCAGCAAGAACAUUGCAGACCCAUCAGGCCAUGACAUCUGGCAUACCGUGCUUCAGGCGGUUACCACGACCGACCCCGGUAACAUCUACGAGCGGUGGAUGAUGGACCGGCCUCCUCCGAAGGAUUCUUGGAGCGACCCCAAAUGUGGUAACAGGGUUGUUCUUAUGGGGGAUGCUGCACAUGCCAUGCACACUGGCCCAGGGCAAGGAGCUCAGAUGGCAUUUGAAGAUGCACACCAGCUGUCCAUGUGCCUUGCUGACGUCAAGGAUGUCCUUGCCGAGCCUGCAGCCGUGGCUGCUGCGGUUCGGGAGUACGAGGCUCGUCGAAUCGACAGGUGUGUGAGAGUACAUGCAUACGCCACUGCAACACAUGGGUUUGGAGAGGAGGGGAAACUUGUGAAGGCUCUUUCUCCGCCAGAGAAAAUGAAGAGGUUCAUGGAGUUCAGGAGUUGGGUCCAUGCGUACCCAGACAAGAUCAAAGGUGACCCUGAAUCCACCUACUUCAAAUGA